UGUGACGUUUGAUAGCACACAAGGUAUUCUAAUACCCAUGGAGUCUUGGGGGCGUCGGAGAGCGCCGCUCCUUCUUCACGCGCCGAGAGCCGCUCCUCCUUGACGUGUCAGGGUGGCGGCGAGAGGGGCUCCUCCUUCACGCGGCGUCCGAUUUGGACGCCAUGGUUGCGUGGGGGAGAGCGGGGAGGGGCGUGGGCUCCGGUUUGACGUGGAGGAGCGUCUCAGGUGGCGUCAUCGGGCCGUUAACGUGGAAGACGGAGCGACGGAGCAUGACCUCCAUCUGCUGCUCGUACUCAUCAUUAGUCACGGCGUAGAGUGCACCCCACGUCGCCGACUGUUGCGGCGGCGACUGGUCCUCGCCACCAAAGGAGAUGACGAUCUCCUCCUUCGUUGAGGAGCCGGCCGCUAACGAGGACGACGUCGCCACGAACAUCCGGAGCACGUUCCGGAGUCGCCGCCUUCCGGCGCCGAGGCCCACGACUUGCCCAUCGCCGGAGUUGUGGAGGAUGAGGGGUGGUGAGGACGAGGACGUGCAGAGCGACACGGUGAGUACGAUGUGGACGGCGCCGGAGCACGGCUUAUAAAGCCUCGCCCAGGUCGUGCGAACGGACGGUCAACCGCUUCAAUGUGUCGCAAUGGCCAGAGUUGGUACCUUGGAAAGCUGCGCCCGCAUUGAAGCGGCGUCUCACGAGAGGUCGCGUCGGUCAGCGCCGCCCUCCCGUCCGAUCACAUCACGUGGCAUCAAUGUCGGCCGCUGCAUGCUCUGAGCUGGCAUUGAUGCGGUGCGGGAAGUGGCGCGUGCAUCGGAAGGAAAGCAAAGAAGAGGCGGGUGGAGUUGUUUGGUGGGCCAGGUUAGUCAGACGCGAACGUGACAGCGGUCCGGACGCCCGCAAGGUCCCCCAGUUUGUCUGCAGUUUGCGAGAAAAAACAUGUCCAGAUCGUCGAGCGGAUCGAUAUACGACCGCGUUGGAUGGCAAAACAAGUCUGAUCCAAACGGUUGCGGACGAUUCGAGGAUCGGCGUUGAAGGCCCUAGAAUACGUCAUCUACCUUAGAAUACAUCAUGCUCUUACGCCUUCUAUGUGGAAACGUUCGCCGUGCGCCGUCCAGAACCCAGUCCAUAUACAUUGACUUUCUAUUUCCAUCGCUGUCUCCCACUCUCUUCCCCCAAAAGUUGAGUGUGACGUACGCUUCCCCCUCCCGUCCCGCACCGAGCAUCGGCAGGAGCAUUCAGAGUAGCAUUCAUUCAGGCAAGCAGACAAUCACCGCGACAGACGACGAGCAGCAGCACACACCCAUAAACCAGAAGCGGCCGUCCAAGCCAAGGCGCCCACAGGACGCCACCAAGAACUCGGAGCCACCUUCCAAUCGACCGAGCCCCCUCCAUCCCCCGCCGAUCUCUCGAGCUCCCCGGCCGCUCCCUCCCGCGGCGGCGCGCAAUGGGGGCCGCCGCCGAGGACGCCGUCAGGCAGCUCGGCAUCCUCAUGGAUCAAGUGGACGCGCCGCUGAGGAGGACGUUCCAGAAUGUGCACCAAGGCCACCCUAGAGAAACAAUGUUGCGCUUUCUCAAGGCUAGAGAAUGGAAUGUUUCCAAGGCUCAUAAAAUGCUUGUAGAUUCUUUGAAUUGGAGGAUUGAAAAUGAAAUUGAUAGUGUAUUGGAGAGACCUAUACUCCCAGUAGAUUUAUACAGAUCAAUACGUGAUUCACAACUUGUUGGACUCUCAGGAUACACCAAGGAGGGUCUUCCAGUUUUUGGCAUUGGUGUUGGUCAGAGCACAUAUGACAAAGCUUCGGUGCACUACUAUGUGCAAUCUCAUAUUCAGAUUAACGAAUACCGUGAUCGCAUAAUUUUGCCCAUGUUGACGGAAAAGUUUGGACGCCCGAUCACCACUUGCGUUAAAGUUCUCGACAUGACUGGUUUAAAGUUGUCAGCACUGAGCCAAAUGAAGAUGCUGAGUUCAAUAUCAACUGUUGAUGAUCUGAACUACCCUGAAAAGUCAGAGACAUAUUACAUAGUUAAUGUUCCAUAUAUAUUCUCUGCAUGCUGGAAGGUUGUGAAGCCCCUAUUGCAGGAGAGGACAAAAAAGAAGGUUAAAGUUUUGAGUGGUUGUGGGAGAGAUGAACUUCUAAAGAUUAUGGACUACUCAGCUCUCCCCCAUUUCUGCCGACGAGAGGGAUCAGGCUCAUCCAAGCAUUCAUCUUCCAACGCCGACGAUUGCUUCUCCCCAGACCAUCCUUUCCACAAAGAGCUCUACGAGCUCACCAACCAGCAAUCGUCGCACAAGGAGCUCCUCAAGAUGGGAUCAUUGCAUGUGAGCAUCCCGGAGCCCGACCCAAACGAUGCGAAGAUCGUGGAGGUGAUCCAGGCCGAGUUCCACAAGAUGGGGGAGCAGAAUGGGUCGACCAACGGCCACAAGGUUUGACGCUGCGCCACCACCGAAGACGGCCAUAUGCAUGCGGAGCACCUUAACCAAUGCAAGCCACCUCCGAUGAAACUGACGAUUUAACCUGUCCAUGUUGGUUGUAUCCCCCCGGCCCCCUGGGGGGAUAUAGUAGCGAAGGCUCCGUGAUGCAUAGGGUGAUGCCGGCCUGGGAUCAUAGCUGGAAGAGAUGAACCGGACAGUGUAUAUUCAUUAGCAUAGAACCUGCAUAUGUUAAACUGGUACUGGUACUAUAACAAGAUCCAUGGAUGAUGGAUGUUUAUUA